UAGUAUUGUUACUCAAGUACCUCCUGGACGGAUCAUUCGACACGUCCCUCGAUAUCUUUCAACCCCUUUUUUAUCCCGUCACAUUGCCCAAUAUACCGAACCCGAUAAGAGUGAAAGAUGAGAAUGGAGAUUCUUCCACAUCACAGCGCCUGUCAACGGAUGCUGGCCAUUUUGCUGUUGCUUCUAACCGCGUCCAGCGGAUUCGUCCCAACAGCCGACGAACAAUCACCAACCGUGGAAAAUUGGAACGACUUGGUAUUGCGUUGUCGGCGUUCUGCUGCGGAUGACGGGAGCGAUUCAGUCACGAAAGAAGGAUCAUCAUUGCCAAUCCGUCCGGUCCGGCGACUCGGUUCCGAAUUUCUGGGUAAGCGGGCCGCCGCCAUCGUGCUAACGCUGGAAAAUCUGUGCUCCGAACUGCUCUUUUCAGAAGAAGAAGUCGACGAAAACUGGCUCUGUCAAUGUAUCCGCAAUUGGGAGCAAUCCACACUUCCGGACAGCCUCAGCGACGGCCAACAUAAUAUGGAUGAAGACUCGCUAGCACCAGCAGCUGCCAGGGUGAAUAAACGCGGACUCGGGGCCAUUCUCCUUUCCGGCAAGCGAAUGAACAAAGACAAAUGGAAUAAUAAUGCUCUCACUCGACGCGUCAUGGGCUCCGAAUUUCUUGGCAAACGAGCUAUUAUGGGCAGUGAAUUUCUGGGCAAAAGGGCCAUCAUGGGCAGUGAAUUCCUCGGCAAACGGGGUUACAACGGACGGUCAAACGGCCUGUCUGGCCCCGUCAAAAUCUAAUUGAAACCAAAUUGACACAACGUCUCCCUUUUUACAAAACUUUCCCCUCCAUUUAAAAAAAAAGAAAAAAAGUAUAUCGUCAUCAUUCCAAGUUCAUAUCGACAACAUGACAAAUGAAUGUCUCCUUCUUACUUUGUUAUCCUUGUCAAUUUGAUGUUAUUAUUAUUAAAUCAUAAUAUACAGUGUCUAUAUAGACAGCAGAAGUCCAUUCGUAUAAAGCACGACAUCCACUCUUUUCUAUCGAAAGUAAACUUUCUAUUUCAUAUUAUUAUAUAUAGAGAGAGAGACAGCAAUAGACAUCCGAAAACCAUCGAUCGAUGGACAGUACACCCAUCACACGCAAAAUAGAUGAAAGGAUCACUUUGAACUCUCUCGAUCUUGACAUUUAAAAAACUUUGUAAGAAUUUGAUUUACAAGAAGUUGGGUGCGCGCAUGAUGUGAACAGCAGCAUCCGACGUCCGUUCUAUAUAUGCUUUAUUAUUAUUAUAUCCCAGCAGACUUUUUCUUUCAAUCGCCACUCUUUUUUGUUGUGUACUAUUUAUUGACCUACUCACACAAUAAAAAUCGUGUUGUAUGAUUCUUUACGCUUCUGAAUACAAAAUAAUGCGUCUGGGCGUAUUA